AUGGCGUUGCUUACACAGAACGUCAGUAUUGUGGUGGACACGACUACAGCAUUCCUCUGUCCGGACAAUUCAACCCCGCCAUGUCAGUGUAACGACACUUUCACAAAUGUCACGUGCACUGACGACACGUCACCGGCCUGGGCGGGACCACCCUACCCCAUGUGGCUAACCAUUCUCCUCGGAGCAAUGGCGGCUGUAGUCGUCUUAGUAACAGUUCUGGGAAAUAUUCUUGUGUUGAUCGCGUUUGCAGUGGAGCGAAGUAUCAGACAGCCGACGAACUACUUUAUCGCGUCGCUAGCGGUGUCUGAUCUCCUCAUCGGUACCUUUUCCAUGCCCUGUUUCACUCUGUACCUUUUACUAGGGUACUGGCCCCUUGGGGACAUCAUUUGCGAUCUCUGGCUGUCCCUGGAUUGGACAGUAUGUCUUGCAUCACAAUACACCGUAUUUUUCAUUACUGUAGAUAGAUUCUUUUCUGUAAAAAUUCCAGCUAAAUAUCGAAAUUGGCGAACGGAGAAAAAGGUGAUCAUAAUGAUAGCGUUUACUUGGAUAAUACCCUGUGCAGUUUUCUUCACUUCCAUCAUAGGAUGGCAGUACUUCGUGGGCGAGAGGACGGUGGACAAAUAUGAGUGUGAGGUACAAUUCAUGAGUGACCCAUUGUUUACAUUUCUGUUGACCAUUGGAUAUUAUUGGACAACUCUUUUUGUUAUGAUUGGAUUAUACACCGGUAUUUAUCGUGUAGCCCUCAGUCUACAGAAAAAGGCCGAGGCAAAGCAUAAGAAGAUGACAACUGCCAUGUCCCAUACAGCGCAUGAGAGCAAAAAGAAGGCACGCGCUGUAGACGCGGGAGCGGCCUCUCAAAACAGCCGCAAGAGAACUGAAAACAACAAUGCGAGACACCUCAGGGGUGUGGACACCACUAGCUUUACGAAACCUCCAGAGGAGGACAGAUCAAGUUCGCCCGCGUUUGCUUCGGAUGAAGAAAAUAGUAGCAGUCAGGAAGGCGCUUGUGGCUCCAGUAAAACUCCCCUUACUGGAAAACACGCGGAUGACGAUGAUGACGAUCAAACCUGUUUCGUCAACAGCGCUGUUCAAACAGAUACGACGUAUCGCCCUUCCCUCAAAGGCAUGCUGGGAGUAUCAUUUGGUCACGUGUCAAAAUUAGCCUUCUCCAUUACCGCUUCCAGUGUUACUCUGCCAAACGACCACGGAGAGGCGGAGGAAGAAUUGAAUACACCGCUUCCGGACGCUUUACCGCCAGCGUAUGAUACGGUAGUGAUUCCACCGGAAAAUAAUUACCCUAAAAAAGUGAACAACUCAAACUCGAUUAAUGAGUUAGCUGUUGAUGACGUCAUAAGUGGAUGUAAAUACAUUGACGAAGAUAGUUUGAAAUCUUUAGCGUCGGCAGAAAACAUUAAACUCUUAUCGGAUCCGGGAACAAAUAAUGAUUCUUCGGCCGACGAAGGAUCCUCUCCGAUUUGGAAACGCAGGGCAGAUAAGUACAUGCCAAUUCCGAUUCCUGCGAACUCCAAUAACACCAACAUGGAGGUUAUUGAAGAAGAUCAAACAAUGGAUACGGAUCUGGAACACAUGGCGCCAAACAACCUUCCAUCAAAUGGCAAGGCUGCUGUAACUGGCAAACCCCACCGGAAACCGUUAGAUUCAGUCCGGUCGAACGAUACUUCGGCUAGCUCGGAGCGUAGAUUUGGAAGUCCUUUCCAUGCAUUGGUAAAAUCUAUGCGUGAAAAGCAACUGAAGAGACAAAAGGCUGCAAGACAAAGAGAACAGAAGAAAUCAAAAUCGGAGAAUAGGGCACGAAAGGCCUUCCGGACUAUCACUUUUAUUUUAGGUGCGUAUGUACUCUGCUGGACUCCAUACCACGUGAUGGUUUUCAUUAUAGGUUUGUGUGGCGGUUAUGACUGUAUAAACAUCAAACUUUACCAGUUCACGUAUUGGCUGUGCUAUCUGAACAGUCCCGUCAACCCCUUCUGUUACGCCUUAGCCAAUCAGCAAUUUAAGAGAACAUUUCUCCGGAUCAUGCGUUUUGACUUCCAUAGAACGUAACGCUGGGUUACAAAUUAAGUUAGUAUUUAUUUAUAAAUAGACAACUAUUGGUUGAAAUAUAAUGAAAAUGUAAGUAAGGAAUUAUCUACGUUAAUGUUGUAUAUACAAAUAUGUUUAUUCAGAUAGACUAAUAGACCGAAACGACAAAUCUGUGACGUACAUUUUUAUAUAUACGAUGAUUAUGUACAGUCGAAACUCGUUAGUCCGGAACCAGUUAUCCGAAAAGAUAUCUUUCUAAAGGCUCCCAUUCGGGACCAGAAUGCUAAUGAGUGAAAAGUUAAGUUGCAAGCAGUCAUUCACGCACCUCGUCUUUUUCUUCCUUUAUUUUCCUAUCAUGGAUUUCGAUAAUCCGAAUAAUUCAUGAUCCGGAUGCUAAUAUCUGCUUUAUGAGUUCCCUUUGAGUAUCUGUGGCAGUGAUGUAGACAUUUGUUAUGGAUUAUUGCUAUUUUAUAACGUAUCCGGAUUAAUGGGUGUCCGCUGUAUCAAGUCACCGUAAUAUAGAGUGAACUGUAUUAUCAAGAUGUCUUCUUUUUUUUUUUAAUGUUUAGAAGAGAUAAGUCGUGCUGAUAAACUGUUUAUAUGCUGCGUGACUGGUAUUAAAAUGCUUUCCAUAACAUACCAGUUUCCCUACCAAGAUAAAUCAAGAAACAAAAAUCUAUAACAUGCUUCACAUGUAAAAUGACGUCAUCAUAAUCAAAGAAAGGGGAACUCCCUAUUACGACCACCUUGAGAGCGAGGUUUCUUUGUUGUCUAGUGCUUUUAUUCCAUUCAGUGCUUUCCUUGCAGGAGCCAUGAAAAACGUGAGAGCGAUAGGGAGUUCCGAUUCUCUUUGUUUUUAUCUUUUAUAUUGUACCAUCACGUGGAUAAUUGGUGUUUUAUUAUAUAUAUAUAUGUGUCUACAUAAAUAACAUUGUUGAGACUUCAAAGUGAAUCAUGAUCGUGUACAACAGAAACAAAACAGUUGGAUUUAUUUUAGAUAUCAUGAGUGUAAAAUUAGAGUAUUUAUUAAACCUAUUUCAGACGGCAUUUAAAAUAAAAACUUCGCACUGAAUAAGUGAUUGCGGUCAAAUCAAGCCAAAUAUUGAUAUUAUAUAUGUUAACUGCUUGAUUGUUGAAAAUAAAGACAAAAAAAUACUAGUUAUAAGAUUUUUCCGAUGAUAAAGUCAUCGAAAUUGAAUCUAUUCUGAGUGCCAUUGUUUACAUUUUAUGCGUGGUAAUGGUGACAACGCGUAACCAGUUUCAUCCUAUCUGGCCUAUCCUGUUGUAUAAAAGCGUAACAGAUAUCCUUUUUGUUCAGAAAUUUCUUCGUGUAUCAUUCAAAUCAGUCAUCAUUUAUAGUGCACAUUUUAGAUACGUCAUCAAUAACUGUGCACCUUCAGUUUAAAACUGUGAACAAAUUAUUAAAUGGAAAAAUAUUGUGUUUUUUUUUUUAUUAUUAUUAUUAUUAUUGUAUUUCAUUUUCGUAUUUAAUUGUCCUCGGAAUAUCGAGAUUCUACAGUAUAUUCGUCUGUCCUUUUUUUUAAGCAAAGCAUUAAACUGGUGUAUUUUCGAACCAUGUUUUAAUAUUUGUAACCAGGACCUUGAUAAGCUUACUCUCCCUCUCGAUUCCGCGGAAAAUCAAGUGCUACAUUUAAAAAAUUAUUUUUUGGUCUCAUUUGUAUAAUUCUUAACAUUUUUGCUGGCUAUUUACCUCUUUGAAAUUCGGAAUGUUAAGGACUAUCAGAUAUUUGUUAAAGAUUAUUUGAAUGGAAUCUAUUUACACAUAUUCCAAGCAUAAGGGACCAUAAACUUCAAGCGCACCGGAGGAGAAAGAUAGUUCUUUCCUAAUAAAUGUACAUGUAAUAGUAGCAUAAAUAAAGGGAAGCCGCAAUCGUUAUUAGUUCAACAGACGGAGAAAACUAUGUCGAUAUAUAUGUUAAUAGCCAGUUGCAUUUAAUCAAAUUCAACAAACAAAUAACUAGCACUUAGCAAUCUUAGAAAAUUACCGAGUCAAGCCAGAAUCUGUGAUACAUGUUUAGAUGUGAACUACAUGUAUGAAUUAUCUGUCGUUAUUACAUGUAAUGGAAUGGUAGAGCUAAUACUAGCUAUUACAACCUCAUAAAAUCAUAGUUCAUAAAUCAUUUUCUGUAAUAAUUCUGGUGUGUUUUCAAAUUACAAUGUUAACGUUGGUUUCAAAGGGUCCAUAACAUAUUUCAUUUCCUCCAAUUAUUUUGUCAAAAUAAUUUAAUUAAAAUUCUAAAAAUAAUUUCUCAAAUUAUACUUCAGUAAACAAAAUUGGUUUAUUUUCUUUAAUUAACUGAUAAUAUAUACUAUUUUCGUAUUUUUUUUUCUCAAUUUUAUUUUCUCUUUACUAACCAUUGAAAAUAUAAAUACCUAAAUUGGAAUAAUUCCUCGGCACAUGUUGUUUAUAAGAUUAGCAUUUGAAGAUGGCAGCUUUCAUUCUGUUCGGAAAAAGCUUGCGUUUCUACGUACAUGUACGUUGUUUGAUGUUCAAGUAUAUUGUUGUCUCGGAUAGCUCUAGAUCACAGCCGAAGUUACGUUGUCCAAUCGAUGUGUGUCACGUGUACACGAGAUUCACAUGUCGUUGGUCACGUGGUCAUGGGUCACGUGUCUGUUACGGUGUUGUUCAGUUGACUGUGACUGUGUUUAUAUGCAUUUGUUCCGUAUGGUGGCAUAUUUCUGCCAUCGUGU